UCAAUGAUCUUAAGAAUGGAUUUAGAAUUGUAAUUAAUGAUGGUGAGAAUAGAGGGCAAAGUGUUUGGAAUCUAUACCUCCUUAUUAUUGUAGGAGAAUAAUUAACUUGGUCUACAGGAUCUAGCUGAAGCUCAAAGAAAUGAGAAUAGUUGA